AUGGCCGGUGCUCGCAGCCGCUGCUCCCGCCGAGAAGAACCGUCCGGGGAGACCGGGCACUCGGCGGGGUCGCUGCGGGAUCUGCCUCGAUGGAUCAAGGUGUACUUGUACGGGAUGCACGGCGUGUCCCUGGACGUGCUGCUGUCCUCGCUGCAGGGGGUCUCGGACCACCGCGACCCCAAGCUGCUGGGCUUCUCCUCCCCGUACCUGUGCCUCGUGCACGCGCUGAACCACUUCUUGCUGGAGAAGGUGUACGCGCAGAAGAGCAGCUUCGGGGGUCGGCCCGCGGUGUUUCACCUGGUUUUCUAUCCCUCCAUCUACAUUGGGCUGCAGCUGCUCAUCGGCAGCUUGAGCACGCUGCCCGAGCAGGUGAGGGUGGUGUCCGGGUCCCAGCUGGUAGUGCACUACCUCCUGGCUCUCUACUUCACCCAGGUGUUCCACAGAUGGGUGUCCAGGCUGCGGUACAGCUCCUCGGGCACCCCUGACCUCCGGAGCCCGGGGGACAGGGGGGACAAGCGCCCGCAUGCGCCCGAGGGUCUCCCCGGCUUGGUGCGAUUCCUCUUCUUCGGGAUGCAGGGCCUUCUGGACGAGGUGAUCUUCACCGCCAUCUUCCACCUGGUGGAGAAGUCGGACCGAAGCCUGAGCGGCCACACGUCCCCGUGGUCCUUCCUGAUGUACGGCAGCUGCAGCUUCGUAGUGGAGAAGCUCUACCUGCACCUGCGCUUCCGCCGGGGCUGGAGGACGUGGCAGCGGCUCCCCAUCUACGUCUGCUUCAUCUACACCUGGGAGUUCUGCUGGGGCCUGUUCCUCAGGCAGUUUAACGCCUGCUCCUGGGAUUACUCCCACUACCCCUACAACGUCAUGGGGCUCAUCACCCUGCUGUACCUGCCCGGCUGGGUCGGCCUCAGCCUGUAUCAGGACGUCCUGUCCAAUGUACUGAUGAGGAUCAAAGUGUGCCCCAAAGAUGGGAAUGACUUGGGCGAGGAGAGCAAAGAGGUCAACGGAGAGCUGGACUCCAAGAAUAAAUAA